GCAGGGGGGGGUGUGGGGGAGGGAGCGGCGUGAAAUCCGCAUCCGGGUGAGGCCGCGCUGGCUGGGGUUCGCGCGCGUGGGGGCGGUUUUCCCGUGGCGGGGGGGGUAGCCCUGUAACGGCAGGCGCGCGCGCCGCCUGUGUGGGAGCGAGGCGCGGCGGUUGGUGGCGGCAGGCUCGGGGCGCCAGCGGUUCCACCGGCCGCGGAGCCGGCUGAAGUGAAAAGGGAAAGCCGCCUCCCGCCCGCCCGCGCUGAGUGAGCCUAGCAGGGGGAGGCAGGCGCAGUUUCCAGCUGGUUCACCGCCCUCCCCUCACCGGGGUUGCAGGGUGUGGAGCAGGCCUGGUACCGGCGGUGGUAGAGCCUGGCGGCGGCGGCGACACCGACUGCUGCAGGUGAUUGUCUGCGAGGCCUGCCUUCAUCUGCCUGAUUCCUCGUCCAGUGCUGCCCCCAGGUCCAGGCCCUACCUGUGCCACAGCUACGGCCCGCUAGUGUUGAUACCUGUGUGCUGUCGUGGCUGUGCUUAGUGGUGUGACUUCAGGGUUGCUACAAAAGCGGAUCUUAAAAGUAGUUUAGAGGAACAACAGGAGCAUUCCUUCCCUGCACCAGAAAAUUGAUAUCCCUGUCAACAGGAAGGAGAACCUUAUUUCUGCUAUAUUCUAGUACCAGAUCAAAGAUGGAUGACGAUGACUUUGGAGGAUUUGAGGCAGCAGAGAGUUAUGAGAGUGGAAAUGGUGGAAAGCAGACUACAUCCCCCGCUAUUGCUUGGGCAGCAUUUCCUACAGUAUCGGAAGUCCAUAUAUCUCCUGAUGUUCUUCUGGAGCACUCCGUGCCUUCUUCCUGCCUGGUUCCUUCUGACUCAUUCACUUUAUCAAGUGAUUAUGUGGCAACAGUUAUUCAAACAGCCAACAAUGUUAUAAACCCAGUGGUUCUUGAAGAACAGGUUCAAGCAGAUAUUCCAGUUGCCUCUCUGAAUGUAAUUGAAGACAAGACUUUAGUUACGUCAGCCAUUGCUUUGGUUGAUGCUGAGACACAGAGAAUAAAUGAACCGAAGAGGUACCUUCAACAAGCUGUGGCAAACCUAGAAAUCAAGCUCUGCACUGCUGAAGAAGAAAAAUUAAAAAUUAAAAAGGAAUUAGAAUAUUUACUGGAAAAACAUAGUAUUCUAGAAAUGGAUUUAUUGAAGGAAAGAAAAGAAAAAGUAAUUUCACAUCAAGACCAUUACAAGACGCUCCAGGAAAAGCAUAAGCAGGAGUUAGAAGACAUGAGAAAAGCUGGACAUGAAGCCUUGAGUAUUAUUGUUGAAGAAUUCAAGGCACUGCUACAAUCUACAGUUCAACAGCAAGAAGCAGCUAUUGAAAAACAGUAUAUACUAGCAAUUGAAAAACACUCUCACAAAUGUGAAGAACUUCUUAAUGCUCAGCAUCAGCGACUUCUCGACAUUUUGGGAGCGGAGAAAGAAGUGUUAUCAGAAAAGAUAGAAGAAGCUUUGAUGCAGCAGUCCCACAAACACAAGGAAGUGCUUGACAAAUGUUUGGAUGAAGAAAGACAAAGAAGUAAGGAGGCUGUGGCAGCUGCUGCAAAGGCUGAAAAAGAAGUAGUGCGGGAGGCUGUUCUGAAAGCAGUAGAGGAGGAGAGGAAAAAUAUGGAGAAGAUUCAUGCAGAAGAAAGAAAAAUGUGGGAAGCAGAACGUGAGAGACAUAAAGAGAAGAUUGCCCAGGCUGUUUGUGAAGCCAUGCAAGAACAAAGAAAGCAUAAUCAAGAAAUUGUCAAGGAAGCAUUAAUGGAGGAGCAAAAACGAAGUGAAAAGGCAAUUGAAGAAGCAGUGAAACGGACAAGAGAGGAGCUGAUGGAAUACAUUAAAGAGCAGAAAAGGCUUGAUCAAGUUGUCCGUCAGAGAAAUCUGCAUAGUUUGGAGCUUUUCCUCUCAUGCGCACAGAAACAGUUAAGCGUUUUAUUAAAGGAAGAGCCAACCACUACAGAGGAAAACAGAGACUGAUAUUCUCAGUACCACUGAUACAGUGUGAUUCGUGAAGCUGCAAAUGUCAGUCCAGCAAAUGACAAAUAUAUUCUAAUCUUUUAGGAUUGUAUCAUUGAUUCAAGAUUAAUCUGAAACUACGCUUGACAGAAGUAUUUGUGGACGAUGUUCUUUUAUGUAUUUAUUUUACUGCUAUUAGCAGAUUGCAAAUAUGGGAGGGGAAAAAAUCCCGGAUUUAUUUAUGAGUUUUCUUUCAUUAUAUUUUCUAGUAGCCCGUAUUGAAGUUCUAGAUAACUGCAGCAAUGAUGAGAACAUUUCCCUGUUAUGUGUUUUCAAUUUGGCAUCAUAUGUUGAUGUAAUUUAUCAAUAUUCUUGAUACUUUAAAAAAUUGAGAAAAACAUUUAACUGAAUAACAGAUACAAAUCCAUCUCUAUCUCCAAAGUAUAUGCCCAAGUGAGUGCGUUGCCUCAGGUAUGAGCCUGAGGAGCUUAUUAUUUCGUACUACUUUUGGUGUAUAAUAGAAGAAUCAGUACAGAAACGUGAGUGCUGAGAGGCAUUUCUUUAGUCAUUUAUAAACAAUUCCAACUCUAGUAAUAGAAAAGUUUAAAAACUAAACAGUGCAUCUUUUUGGAGUAGUUAUUGCUAUAACCGAUGUAUAGUAUGUAUUUUAUUUCUAUUUUACAAAGCUAGUUUGAUUCCAAAAGUCGUUUUCUCAUGAAAGUACGAUUAAUGUGACUGACCUCAGUUUCAGGAAGAAGAUGUAUGUAAUUAUGUGGAGACUGAUACUGCACUGCCUCAGUGGAAUUUCUGACAGAAUAAGGACUGCAGCUUGCUGACCUCAGAUGCCCUUUCUAAACCCAUUGAAGGAAGUAGAAAAACUCCACUGACAUUAUUGGACUUCGAAUCAAGUUGUAGGUCUUUCUAGUCUUGCUAAUUGCAGCAUGGAGGGGGAUUUCUGUGCCUACACUCUAUUGACUGUACAUAUGAGGCCUUAGUUAGAAGAGUUCUGAAUGAAAUAAGGGAAAAUAAAUGUUCAUGCUUAGGAAUGUAAAUAAACUGAGAAUGAUAUUUCUUACGGUGAGCUUGUUAUUCAAUGGGGGACUUACGGGCAUUUUUUAGUGUGGUUCAUAUUCAGUGGUGUUUGGGGGUUUUUGUUUAGCUAGAUUUUUUUGCAUCAGUAGUCACUUUUCAUAAAUUGCUUUCUUAUAGCAAUAAGGAAACACAAAAUAGUUGCAUAUGGUUUUGGCAGUACAAAAUAUGUAUUGCAGCGAGUUUAGGUUUUUAUUUAAAUCUUUUUCUGUGCUUCAUUUUUGUAAUGAAAACCAAAGGUUUUGUCUUCUGUAUGCAGAGGUUCACUGAAGAAGUAAAUAAUGCUGGUUUUAGUAGAUGAUGACCUCACCCUACAAAUGGAUGAAAAUGCAGUCAUCUUUUUGAUAUUUCUUGAUUGACUGAUCAGUUUCCAUUUCUUCUGGCAGACAAAAAAAUACUUCAGUGUUAAUGAGUCACCUGCUUAUAUAUCGUUCCUAAGCUAGUGAAAUUCUUGUCUUUGUCAACUGCAUCAAAGGUGACACAGAUGUCCACAUGGGUUUUUCUGGAAAGUAGAGACAGCGUAAAAUGAAAUUGAUUGUCUAGUGCUGUUUCACAAUCUAUGUUUAAUUGUGGAACUGUGGUAUGGGCAGAUUCCUAGAUGAACUUCGACAUUCUUGUUUUUACUUCUAGGCCUGUACAUGGAAUAGUAUUCCUUUUUACUAAAGACCUCAAAAUGUUCCCCAUCAAAGCCAGAGCAUUAGCAGUAUAUCAGCAUUCUCCUACUGAAGAGUUCUGUAUUCUGACUUGCAACAAUAUGUAAAAGCACUUGUUGGAGAAGCUUAUGAUUGGAGUCACUAAGAUUUCACUGACAGCUAUGGUGUACUUUUCCCAUUAGAACAUCAUGUGUUGUUUAAUCUCAGCUCUUGAAUAUGGUGAUUGUCACAGAGAACUGUAGGUACUUUCUUCUUGCCUUUGACAGUUUUAGUCCUUUAAUCUUUCCUUCUACCUUGCAAGCAAACCUGCAGAAUUAGACCACAGACAUACUAGAUCAGAUUUGGAGCUUGGAUUACAUUCAAAACUCCAAGUCUCAGAGAAGAAAUUUAGUAUGCGAGCUUUAGAGUAUGCAAUAACCUCCAUCUUCUCCACAUUGCAUCCAAAGCUUUAAAGCUUAGUUUUAUUUUGCAUUAUUUCUACCUAGCCAUAGGAGAAUAUAGUUUGUGGAAAUCUGGGAGAAGGGAAGGCAGGGAGAAGUUUGCAAAACCCAGUCUAGCUCCUAGAAAGUGACAUCACAAUUUUAUUCUAUUUUUUUUAUUCCUACAUACAGACUAAAGAAUGACAUAGAAAAGAAAAUAAUAUGUUCAAGGCCUACAGGGUAGAACUUUGUCUGCCUCUGAGGCCUGGCUGCUAGUAUAACAAUUUUGGCAAGACUGAUAUGUAAUGGGAGGAAUAAGAAGCCCCAGAACUAAUCCUUAGAAUGAAAAUGCAGGAACUAAAGUGUUCAAGCUAGUGAGUCUGCAGUCUGGAAUGUCACUAAAGCUCAUAUAAUAUACAUGUUAUAUAUGAUUAUAUACUUAAUAUUGGAAACAAACCAUAAAUCUUGUUAUGUAAAAAUGUGUUUUAAACAAUCAGUUGUGUGUAGUAAAAGUUAGCUAAAAGACAGGGUAACAGUAGAUCCAGUGUAUAUAAUGGUGUCUUUCAGUGGUGUCAGUCAGGCCCAUUCUAUUUUAACACUUCUACUUGAUGGUCUAGAACAGAGGAGAUCAGAACAGUGGGGUUUGUAACUAAUAGUUUACUAAGUUAAUACUGAAUAUUGUGGUAUCAGACAGUCCUACACAUUUGUGUUACAUUUGUGUAUGUUUCUGUUGGCUCCCUAUCUACUUCCAUUACAGAAUUCUAGAUUAGCUCUGAGACUAUGUGUGUACAAGUCAUUAACAAAGCAGAAGCCGUUUGCCACGCACUUUUUUUACAGUGUCUAUAGUUAAGGUGUGGGAACAUUUGAAUUUUUGCCUUGCUCUAAGUGUGACAAAUGACACUUGAAUUCCUGGAAGUGUUGAAUUCCUUCACUCCAUCAUAAGAAGGCAGAACAAAGAAAAAGCAAUAGUCGUUCCAGAGGCUGAGAUUGCAUUAGUGUUUUGAGAUUUUUGUGCAUCUUUACGUUGGCAUCUGGUCAAAAUGUAUUUUCUAUGUCCACGUAUCUGAGCUGACAGAUUUUUCCCCACCCUUUGGAUGGAGGGAAUACGUGAUAAGAUUUCAUCUUGUUUCCUAGCCACCGACAAAAAUUCUUUACCAAGGGGACAGAUAUAAUUUACACUCACUUUCAGAUCAUAUACAGCAUCGGUGCAGUUAUCAAUUGGACUUAGCACAAAUGUAAAAUGAGCUGGAUUAGGGCAUACCCAGUCUAACUUCCAGCUAGUUAGCUUUCUUGAUGCCGGCCGGGUAGGUGUGAAAGCAUAGAGCACGGCAUGGUCUAACUAGCCAUUCACAUCUUCCUGCUUCCCCAGACACGUUGCAGCCCACACUGAGCCUACCUGAAAUACAUGGUUUCCUUUAUUUCGUUUAGGUACUGUAAACUCUGUUGCAGGAGUGACUAACUUGUGGAUGAGAUUGUCUUAAAAUUUUUUAUAUGGCCAUUCUGAAUACCAUAUAGAAAGAUUUUGUAACAUCUAUGGCAUUCCUUUUUCAUCAAUGGUGCCAGAGAAACAUUGGUCUGGAAAACACAGGUAUAAUUUGGGCCUUCAAUUCAUUUGAAUGGGCUUGCAGCAACUGAUGAAACAGUUGUCUUUUCUGUGAUCCGUCCAAGAAUAUUAUUCUCCUAAGGCUUCAAGAAUCGAUGGCUUAUCUGCUAGCAUAGCUUAAGCACAGCUUGCUUUUUUAAUUUUUAAGCCUACAUAAAACUAAUAAUACUGCUGCUGAAUUAGGGUCACAUUUGAACAGUUGAACAUCGUGGGGAAACCAUCUCAGUUGCACUCUCUUUGGCUCAAGUUUUGUAUAUGCCUUUGAAAGCACAUGCUUCGUUAGCUGAAGGGAAGCACUGAGGUGUGUAGACUUCUCAUCGUAGACAUUACCUAAGCAGUUCACUUGCCAUGGUGAUGUAGUAGCUAAAAAUGCCCUCAUCAAGCUCCCUUGUACGUGGAGCAAAAGGUCAGUCUUGCUUUAUGCUGCUUGCCACAGAUACACAUUUGCCACACGACACAUGGUAGGUUUUGGUGUUUACAUGUCUGAGGAAGCAUCGCUAGCAUUACAUUAGAAAAACCUGUAGUAAUAUCCUGAAAGCAGUGAGAGUCAGCUGUAGGUGUUGGUGACAGCACAAUAUUUAGCAAGACGAAAUAAAGAUGGUUAAUUUUUUUUAUUGUAUAGUCUGUAUUUUAAACUUGUCACCUUUCAGUGAUCCAGUAUUCCUGUGAUGAUGAUGAUGAUGAUAACUAUUAUCCUAUGAUAAUAAAAAUAAC